GACCCAAAAAAAAAGCGGAAAACCAAGUGAACCAAAUCGAUCCCAAAAAAAAGUCCUUCAAGUGAGGUGAAACCAUUAGCAAAGUUUAAUUGAUUGCUUUGUCAACUGAGAGAAUAAAAAAAGACCCCAAGUCCGGCGUCCCGGAAGAGACGACGUCGAAUUAGCAACAAUAAUAACAACAUCAAAGUGAUAUUUGUCGUUAAGGGGUCGGUCGAAACUCCGGAAAUCGCAACCAAGAGGGGUAACAAGAAACCACGGAAUCCACUUCGUUAAGGGGAGAGAAAGAGAGAGAGAGACUGAGUGUAUUUACAGUGCGGAAGUCCUUUCUUGGUUUGGACCGGGACCGGGAGGAGUGUCAUUGCCGCGGUGAUUUGUCCUUUCCCUAGGGCUUAGACGCUGGUACGAGUGAGGGACGCCAAAAUGACGAUGAUGGACUGGGAUAUUGACAUCUUCAACCUGGAGCUGGACGAGCACGCCCUGGACUACAGCAUCCAGUCCAUCAUAGCGGCGGACGGCGGAGAAUCCCUGUUCAGCACACUGUUCCAACAAUCGCCAUCCAGUCCCACCGCUAACCAGGACGACGACGACGACGAUGGCCAAACAUCGUUCCUGUCGUCCACCACAUCAUCAUCAUCGGAAGAACUUGGCCUGACCUCGGCACUGUUCCCGCUGGACGCCAUCAUCCUCCAGCAGCCGCCGUCGCCGCCACUUUCAACGUGCUCUGCGCCGACAACGACGUCCCUGAAGACCCACAAAUGCAUAUGUGAGGUUUUAAAAACGUAUUCCUUCUGUAUUUUCAGGGACGACGAAGAAGACCACGAUUCGGGCAACGCCUCAUCUUCAACGUCAACGCUGGAUUCCGGCACAGAGGAGACACUUUCUGAGACCACACCAACAUCCCCCGAGGGCUCCACCAACGGUAGCGACGCGGAAAACGAUGCGCCGGAUUAUGCGGCGACGGAAGCAGCGCGUCCCUUCAAAUGCUCCGAGUGUGGCAAGAGCUACACCCGCAAGCUGUAUCUGAUGCGACACUAUGUCCAGCACACCCGCGAGCGCCCCUACCAAUGCGACGGCUGUGACAAAGCGUUCGCGUACGCCAGCUCGUUGUCCUCGCACCGGAAGCUGCAUCUGGCCAGCGGCGAACAUCGGUGUGAAAUUUGCAGCAAAAGCUUCGUCAGUGAGGCGCUCGUUGAGGCUCAUAAAACGGCGGCUCAUUACGGGGAACGGCCGUACAAGUGCAAACUGUGCAAGAAGAGUUUUGUCCUGCUGCACGCGUACAACUCCCACAAGCGGUGGCACGCCCAGUUUAAUCCGUUCCGGUGCGGAGUGUGCGACAAACAGUUUACCAAGAAAAUCAGCCUCAAGUGUCAUCUGAGGGUUCACACGGGCGAGAAACCGUACAGUUGUGAAGUAUGCCACAAGAGCUUCACCCUCUCGUCCACACUUUCUUCGCACAAACGUCUGCACGGCAGCAAGCCCACCCUCCAGUGUGACACCUGCGGCAAAAUCUUCACCCAAAUAUCGGCCCUCUCAACCCACAAAUAUCUGCACACGGAGACACGGCCGUACAGCUGUGACCUCUGCGGCAAGCGCUUCAUCCGACUCCACGCCAUGAAGAUCCACAUCCGGACGCACUCGAACGAGCGACCCCAUCGCUGCGAGCUCUGCCCGAAGACCUUCACCGAGAAGCACGUUCUGGUGCGGCACCUCAAGACCCACAGCAACGAACGGCCUCACGCCUGCGACAGCUGCGGCAAAGCCUUCAAGGAGAAGUACGACCUGCUCCGGCACGUCCUCAUUCACACCGGCCGGCGCCCGUACGAGUGCGAGCUGUGCCCGAAAACUUUCGUCCAGUCGAACGCACUGGCCAAGCACCGGCGGAAGCACGAACGGGAGCAACAGCUCAAGACGAUGCAGGCAAGGGCGGUGGAGGGUGGAGUUGAUGCAACGGAAGUCUAAGACGAGAGGUGCUAGGAACAGGUGUGAGUGUUGAGUUACAUGCAGAGAGUUGAUUUCAGUGAAAAUAGUGCCAGGUGGUUUGAGAAAAUAAAGCACGUGAUAAGGAUAAGGUUUAGGUUCUGAGGAAUUGCAUUGGACUUGUUUGGCAGAAAAGAGCUUUUUGAGUUGGAAGGAGGAGGUUUAUGUACGAUGUGAUAUAAAUCAUAUUGUGUAAAAAUAUAGCUUUGUUGUGAAUCAA